CGGAGCCAGUCCGCUUUGCGGUGGCUGUGCGGGGUGGAUGCGCUGUGAGAGGCGCAGCGUCUUUCUGAAACAGACACGGAGGCUUUGUCGUGUGUAAGGGGCCAGGAUCAGAAUCGACGCAAUGUCCUGGCCAGUGUGUCUGUUUCUUUACGAUCUGUUUCAAUGCAGUUUGCUGCUAGGAGGCUGGGAAACUUGAUGUAACCCAGACAGUUGGGUUGCCUAAUAUCUCUGAUGAAGCGUUUGGAAGGUGUGGGGCACUCUGCUAUCCGAGGCUGUAUUCUGAGCUGAGACUUCCUAGCUGUUGUGAAAGCUGCACUCCCUCCUGGCAGCGCAACGGUCGCGGAUUUCCCACCCCCGGGAAAGCGUGGUGAAAGAACCAGUUUGAAAAAUGGAGCAAGCAGAAGCUUGGACAUUAACAAGUAUACACAAUGUCUUCUGGAAAUGUCCAGGAAUCCCAGACAUUAAUUAAACCAGCAUUCAGUGAAAAAGAAGCCAUUGAAUUAGUUGAAAGGGUGUUUGGAUUAAAAGUAUCUGCGAUCAGAUCACUCCCCAGCUAUGAUGAUCAGAAUUUUCACGUUCACAUUUCAAGAAGUGAGGGAACAGCAGACAGUGCUGACGAGUAUGUUCUCAAAAUCACCAACUGUGAAGAUAGCCAGAAUCCUGAACUCAUUGAAGUGCAGACCCAGAUCAUGAUGUUUUUGAAUGUUGAAGGGUUUCCUUCAGCUACGCCCCAUCUUACUGAAGAUGGUAACAUAAUGUCUCUAGAAUCAUUAGGUACUGGCUCUAUGACAAAAAAGUUCAUGGUGAGACUGCUGACCUACCUCCCAGGCAUGACCAUGGCAACAAUCUCUACAAAUCCUCACAUUUUAUAUGAGAUUGGGAAACUAGCUGCCAGACUGGAUAAAACUCUCACAGAGAAAUUCCAUCAUCCAUCAAUAAAAAGUCUGCAUCGAGGGAAGUUCAUUUGGAACUUGGCAAAUGUUCCUCUUCUAGAACAGUAUAUUCAUGCCCUGGGCCAGAACAGUUAUCGUGAAGUUGUGGAACAAGUUAUUCAGCAGUUCAAAGAUAAAAUAGUACCCAAGCUAAGCAAUUUUCGAGCCUGUAUCAAUCAUGGGGACCUCAAUGACCACAAUAUCUUAUUAGAUUCCAACACUGCGUCACCAGAGAAUCCACAAUAUAGAGUGUCCGGUAUUUUGGACUUUAGUGACAUGAGCUAUGGUUAUUAUGUAUUUGAAUUAGCAAUAACUAUCAUGUACAUGAUGAUUGAGAGCAAGGAUCCUCUCAGUGUGGGAGGGCAUGUUCUUGCAGGGUUUGAAAGCAUUGUACCAUUGACAACAGAGGAGAGAGACGCCCUGUUUCUCUUGGUGAGUGGUAGAUUUUCUCAGUCACUUGUAAUAGCCUCAAACACUUCCCUCUUGUAUCCCGAGAACAAAGAAUACCUAAUGAUCACAGCAAAAACAGGAUGGAAACAUUUAUUAAGAAUGUUUGACGUGGGCCAAGAAGCUGUAGAGAAGAUUUGGUUUGAGACUGCAAAAGCAUAUAUGAACAAUGAACCUGUGUAGCUUUCAUACCUUUAUUACAGACACAGAUGUUCAUAUACUUACAUAAAUUGUUAGGUGCAUCUUUACUUGUAAUUCUACAAUUUGUAUUCACUACAUUUUAAAAAGUAAUUUUAAGAUAAAAUAAUGCAUUGGGAAUGUUUUCAUAGAUGUAUCAAUGGCUCUUAAGACAAUGAUUUUUUAAAAAAAACUACAAGGUGUCUGCUCAUGUUCAGUUACCAGGGUGGUGCAUGCACACUGAAUACUUACACACCCAAACAACCAGUCAUGUAUAUGCCUAGAGAUAGUCACUUGGUUUGCUAAAUGUGCAUUGAAAUUGUACACUUUUUUCACAGGUAAUUGCCCGUGUACAGUUUAAAAAAUUGGGCUCAACAUUGUUACCUAGCAGCUCUGUGUUCUUGGGGAACCAGGGCGCAGUACCCAGCCUGUCUGACUCAUGGAAGACCUUCUCCCUUUUCCCCUGCUUCCCCCACCUCUGCUUGAACCAAAACCGAUCAGAAGAAAGACUUACAAAAAGCAAUGAAAAGGUAGUGGGAGACACACCUAAACCCCUGGGAUAAGGGUGACAGGAUUAAGGAAACUCCCCUAGCCUCAUUUGCAUCGAAAAUGGGACAAGGAGACAUCUCUAUUAGCAUACAGAAUGGAGAACAGAGAUUCCAAGGCAAGAACCGCACAGAACUCUGGGCCCAGAAAAGCAGGGAAGCACUGCAUGACGGGGGAUCUCUGCUCCAGAUGUUAAUGAACCCAUGCCUGCACACAUCUAGCUCAGUAGUUAUCAGACCAAUUCUAGUAAUCCGUUAUUGGUAGUGAAGCUCCCUAAUUGCAUUGUGAACUCCCUCCCAGGAACAUGGCCCAUAGCCAGAAAUGAUCAGCUCCCAUUGUCUAGCCUGAACAAAACAACUUUGGUAUACUCCCUUGAGCCAUCAGUUUACACAUAAACAAAUCUAGUGUUCUCCCUUGAACCAUUGCUGUUUCUCUACAAAACCCCCUACCCAUGCUCAAGUAAGUUUUCUGAUGCCUGGAUCCAAAAUCUGCAUCGGUUCCAUUGGGACUUCAUCUUCUCCUGACUGAUCGUGCUGGGGGCUCUGCCUGUCUCCAGCACUCCAGACCCUCAACUACCACCAGCAUCUGGGACCCCUGAUUGAUUCAAGCUUCACAGAGUGGUGAGAAUCCAUCUCUCUCCCUCUCUCUCUUGGUUUAGCCUUCUGACCCUGUUUUGUGCAAUUAGUUAUAAUUUUCUAAACCUGACUUUUAUAAUCAAAUUUAAGUUAGAUUUAAUAUUAUAACUGCUUUGUUUGUGUGGCUCCCCUAUGUGGGUGUUUUUUGGUUUCCUCAUUCACUCUGCAGCAACGCUCCUCGUACCUAAGGCCUUGGCAACACUUGCGAGUUACAGCGCUGUAAAGGCUCCCCCAGCGCUGUAACUCACUCCCCGUCCACACUGGCAAGGCAUUUGCAGCGCUGUAUCUCCGUGGUUGCAGCGCUGCAUGUACUCCACCUCUCCAAGAGGAAUAGCAAGUAUUGCGCUGCCACUACAGCGCUGCGGUGCCAGUGCAGCUGCCCAAUGUGCUGUGAAUGGCCUCCAGAAUUAUUCAGCAGUAUUCCACAAUGCCUGUUCUAGCCACUCUGGUCAUCAGUUCAAACUCUACUGCCCUGGCCUCAGGUAACCAACCAUGUGACCGACCCUUUACAUUCCCCGGGAAUUUUAAAAAUCCCCUUCCUGUUUGCUCAGCCCGGCGUGGCGUGGAGUGCUAUCAGCAAAUCUUUCCAGGUGACCAUGCCUCCACGCGCCAAGUGAGCCCCAGCAUGGAGCAAUGGUGAGUUGCUGGACCUCAUCAGUGUUUGGGGGGAGGAAGCUGUACAGUCCCAGCUGCGCUCCAGCCAUAGGAAUUACGAUACCUUCGGGAAGGUAUCAAAGGACAUGAUGGAAAGGGGCCAUGACCGGGACGCCCUGCAGUGCAGGAUUAAAGUGAAGGAGCUGCGGAGUGCCUACCGCAAAGCCCGCGAUGCAAACGGCCGCUCAGGUGCUCCCCCCGCGACCUGCCGAUUCUACAAAGAGCUGGAUGCGAUACUUGGGGUUAACCCCACCUCCACUCCGAGCACCACCAUGGACACUUCAGAGCCGGUAGGCGGGGGGGAGGAGGAAAACGGGAGUGAUGGUGGUGGGCCGGAUGGAGACUCCCCGGAAUUCCUGGAGCCAUGCAGCUAGGAGCUCUUCUCGAGCCAGGAGGAAGGUAGCCAGUCGCAGCAGCCGGUCCUUGGUGGAGGACAAACAGAAGAGCAGGUUCCGGGUAAGCAGGGUUUUUUUCGGGAAGGAAUUUUUUCGGUGCGGGCUCUUUGGGAGAGGAGGGUUAGGCAUGCAUGCCUAGAUGCGGAAUAGUGCAUUGAUGUGGUUUAUCACAUCGCGGUAAUCGGCCUCAGUAAUCUCCUUGAAUGUCUCAUCCAGAACAUGUGCAAUGCGCUUGUGCAGGUUUAUCGGGAGAGCCACCAUGGUCCUUGUCCCAGCCAGGCUAAUGUGUCUGCGCCACUGUGCCGCGAGGGGCGCGGGGACCAUUGCUGCACACAGGCAAGCUGCAUAUGGGUCAGGGCGGAAGCCGCAUUGCAGUAGAAGACCCUCCCUUGCUUCCCAGGUCACCCUCAGCAGCAAGAUAUCAUCCAGGAUGAACUCCUGUGGAAAAUGCUGGGACGGUGUUCAGUGUAGGUGCCCCCUGAAGCUGUUGGCUCUCCCCAAGGCACAGAAACCCAGAGGACAGUGCAGCCCUGAAACAAUCAGUCCCCCUUACUCACCAUUUUGAGGCUCCUGUGGGAUAUGUGUGCUCUGUUUCGGACGGGAAAAUUCUGCUAUUGUGUAGACCCUGUGUGUUUUCUACUCCUUAAGUGUAGGGGAAAUCAUUACUCUGUCUGGUAUAAACAAUGCUGCCUCUGUUAAAUGUUGUGUUUUGCCUAUACAGCUGCAUCAACCUUGAGACCUCAGCCGUCCCUCUUAUCGCCUGCUCAGAGACUGCAAAGACGCAGGAAGAGACCGCGAAAAAGCAAAGAAGACAUGCUGCAAGAAGUGAUGCGGCAAUCUAUUAAAGAGAAUGAGAAAGCAUAGGACUGGAGGGAGAGAGAAAGCAGGAUCCGCCAGGAAAACUCAGUGCACCGGCGGCAAAGCACUGAUAGGCUCAUAAGCAUCCUGGAGUGCCAAGCAGAUGCUAUCCAGGAGCUGGUAGCCAUGCAGAAAGAGGAGCAGUACCGCAAAUGCCACCCCCCACACAGCCCUUGUCCUAAAACUCUUUCCGUUGUGCCCCACUGUCACCUCCAACCCACUUUCCCCAACUUCCGUGUUCUUCAUGCCACCCGCUGCCUCCAACACCAGUAUCUUCACCACCCAGCCCUGAAAACCACGACCCUUACCCUCUGCACUCAACCCUCAUCACCAUGCAGAAUAGCUGUCCUGAAGUGCAGCACUCACUACACAGCACACCAGACAGGACAUAAGUGAAUCUGUGAUUGUACUGUUCCCCACUCCACCCCCUUGUUUCUUUUCAAUAAAUAACUUUUUUUUCUUUU